AUGAAGGUUCUCAAACCCCUCGCCUGCGCCGCAAUGCUAUCCCCCUUAGCAGCGGCAGACUGGCAAUUCAAGUCACGAACAGACCUGGCACCACCACGCCUGAACAUCACCAUCCCCGCGACCGCGGACGUCGAAAAGGGCUUCCUCUUCGUAGCUCCCUUCCCCGGUCAAUGGGCGGAACCCCAAUUCCACGGCCCACGCCAGGAAGGUCCGUAUAUCUUCCGCGAUGACGGCGAGCUGGUCUGGUCUGGAUACACCUACUACUCCAUCUGGGCGGCUAACUUUCAAGCUGCCCGGUGGAAGGGCCAGGAUGUGCUGUUCAGCUUUGAGGGUGACCAUAACCCGGCUUAUGGACAUGGGCAUGGGCAUGCCACUAUUCUGAAUCAGCACUAUGAAACUGUUCGCGAGCUGCGUGCGGGUAACCAUAAGCUCAUGGAUAAGCAUGAGUUUCAUGUUAUCGAUGAGAAGACGGCCCUGAUUCAGGUGUAUCAGCCUGUCCCGAUUGAUCUGAGUCGGUGGGGUGGCAGCUCCGAGCAGCAGUGGAUCGUGGAUGCCAUCUUCCAGGAAUUGGAUAUUGCUACCGGUGAGCUGCUAUUUGAGUGGUCUAGCCUUGAGCAUGUCAGUCCAGAUGAGGCCGUCCUCCCCCUGAACCCUGGCCAGGCAGGCGCAGGCUACAAUUCUUCCGAUGCGUGGGACUACUUCCACAUCAACUCGGUCGACAAAGACGCAGAGGGUAACUACCUGAUCUCCGCCCGUGAUGCCUGUGCUGUCCACAAGAUCAACGGAACGACUGGCGAGAUCAUCUGGCGCCUGGGUGGACUACGGUCGGACUUUGACCUGGGUCCCAAUGUCCGUUUCUGCUUCCAGCACCACGCGCGGUUCCUCUCCCAGAAUGGCGACGAAGAGAUCAUCUCGCUGUUCGAUAACUCCGCCCACGGCACCGAGAAUCAUCGUGGCCACGAAGUCCACACACACCCCUUCUCCCAGGGCAAAAUCAUCUCCGUCAACACGGCCACCUGGACCGCACGGAUCGUUCAGGCAUUCCAACCACCCGACGGCCUCCUCGCCAAAUCACAGGGUAGCACCCAAAUCCUGCCCAACGGCAACGCUCUCGUCAACUGGGGCUCUGAAGGGGCAAUGACCGAAUUCCGACCGGACGGAACUCCCAUUUUCCACGCCUACAUGGACUCAGGGCUCCUUGGCGAAGGUGUCCAGAAUUAUCGUGCCUUCCGGUAUAACUGGACCGGUCUGCCGACCGAGGAACCUGCGAUCGUCGCGGAAAAGACUCGCUCGGGUACUGCCGUGUAUGUCUCGUGGAAUGGGGACACUGAGACGGCUGUGUGGCGAUUCUAUGCUGUCACCGAUCGGUUUGGAUCGAGAUCGUACCUGGGUGAGGCACCCCGACAGGGCUUUGAGACCAAGUUUGUGUUCCGUGGGCAUGAAUAUGUGCAGGUCUCUGCGGAGGCUGUCACGGACACUGGUCGUGUCUUGAGAACUACUCAGGUUGUGUCUCUUCGUGAGGGGGUGUUGCCUCCAGUUGGUGAUGGUUUUGGCGGUCGGUCGGCGGUGUGGGGACAGAAUGUGCUGCAUGCAUAG